CGUGAACACUCAUAUGUAAUUGUCAAAAUGUGCGUGAUGACAAAAGCGAAAAUAUUUCCUUCCUUCUUUUUCGCAUGUAAAAACCAAACAAGUAUCAGCAACACCGUCAACGCGAAUUGCGAAAACAUUUUCCUUUCCCAUCAUCGCUCAGUGAACGCCGUCAUCAAAAGCAACAAAACAUCAAAAUCGCUUAAACGGAACGGAACGGCUUGCUGCUGGCCAGCGAGUUUAAUAUACAAAAGAAGCAGGAGCAAAUAGAAACUCGUUCGUCCAACUCUUCGUUUCUGGCGUGUCGUCAGGUAGAGUGGAAAUAUUAAACUCAAGUAUUCGUACUCAGUUUGGAUCUACUUAACUUUCGCAUGACUUCCGGUUCUCGCCAGCAGCAGUAUGGAAACCAAUGAAACGUUUUUUGCGCCUAGUUAUUAUGCUCCAAGUCGCGAUGCCUGUUUGGUGCUGAACAAAACGAAAAUCAUCAUCACACUAUACGAGGGCAUUCCGGAGACAUUAUUGCUGAACGUCAUAGCGUGGGUUUUUCUAGUUCUGCUAUUUACUCUGCUACGACAGCAGGCGUGGGAUUAUGGCCGGCUCGCGCUUGUUAACAGCCACGGCGAAAAUAAGCGGUGGACACAGCUUUUCUAUGCACACGGGAACAUUAGCGGUGGACGGGCUGGCCUAGAUGCUAGUGACGCCAGUAUAAACAUCGAUCGAGGGUUUUUCUCGUGGAUCCUAGCAACGUGGCGCCUGACCAGAGAGCAAAUCCUUACCCACAGUGGACCGGAUGCGGUACACUAUUUGUCCUUUCAGCGACACUUGAUGACGGUGAUGGCAAUCAUGACGACUAUCUCGAUUGCCAUUAUACUGCCGAUAAAUUUCUCCGGGACGCUGGGUGGUGACAGGAAUUCAUUUGGACAUACUACCAUCUCCAAUCUGGAUCCAGACUCGUCGCUGAUGUGGGCGCAUGUGUUUUUUGCCAUUGCCUACGUUCCGAUGGUGGUGCUUAUAAUGAGACGAGCGUCCGGAAGAAAUGCAUUCAAGACGGCACCAACGAGAACAGUGAUGGCAACUAACGUAACUCAACCAGACUGUGACAAACGUAUCAUUCGAACGUAUCUGCAGCAAUUGUUUCCAGACGUGGGGAUCGACGAUAUUCAGCUGGCUUACAAUAUCAGUAGCCUAAUUAAAGCGGCAGAAGAGUACGAGCGGAUUGCGGAUGCACGUAUUUUUUGUGAGGUACACCGUAAUCGAGAUCGGGAACCUGUUCAGGCUACAUUGUCUUGCUUCUCCUGCCAGAAAGUGGAUGCAUUGGAAUACUACAAGGAGGAAGAAGCGAGGUUAGCUGGUCAAGUAUCUAGACUAAGAGCAUCCGCAUUGAACGAACCGCUAGGAAUUGCGUUCAUCACUCUUAAUUCUGCGCAGGAAGCUCAGCACGUCAUUCUUCACUUCCGCCCGGGUACUUAUCGCGAUUGGCACCUAACAUUCGCUCCAGCGCCGUCAGACAUUUUCUGGGAAAAUUUAAAUAUCGACACGGCCCAGUGGUACUGUAAGUGGAUUACAGUUAAUUUAUUCCUGUUCCUGUUUUUGUUUUUCCUGACCACUCCGGUGAUUAUUGUUAACCAACUGGACACGCUUUCGCUAACGAAAAACACAACAUCCCAAAUCAGCAAAAUCAGCCCACUAAUCUCGGAGUUUCUACCCACGCUGCUGCUUUGGUCUCUGUCGGCGCUGAUGCCGGUAAUUGUAGCUUACUCUGAUACCUGGCUAUCGCAUUGGACCAGAUCGCGACAGAACUAUGUGAUCAUGACUAAAACCUUCGGCUACCUAUUGUUCAUGAUUCUCAUUCUGCCGUCGCUUGGUUUGACAAGCGCGGAAGCCUUUCUGCAGUGGACCAUCCAAUCAAAUGAGACAUACCGAUGGGAGUGCAUAUUUCUUCCGGACAAGGGUGCAUUUUUUGUUAACUACAUCAUCACUGCUGCUUUCAUUGGUACGGCACUGGAGCUGAUCCGGUUUCCUGAUUUAAUUUGUUACCUCUGGAAAUUGGCUACGGCAAAAUCGCGGGCGGAAACACCGUACAUUCGCAAAUCGAUCCUGAUCACUUUCCCGUUCGGAAUACACUACGCUUGGAUGGUGAUGGUGUUUACCAUGAGCACGGUCUACAGCUUAGCCUGUCCGCUGAUAAUGCCAUUUGCUAUGGUUUACAUUCUGCUAAAACAUUUUGUCGACAAGCAUAACUUGUUUUUCGCGUUCGCUCCCUCGAACAUGAUUAGUCAGGGAAGCGGUGGCAAAAUUCAUAGCACCGCAGUCACGAUGACCAAAUUUUCGGUAGUGACGUUACUAUUUAUUAUGGCGGCUCUGGCGUGGGUUCGUGCCGGAGGUUUGCAAAUGCGCGCCGUAGUGCUAAUUUUGGCUCUGUGCCUUACACUAUUUAUGUUUACCUUUAUGUCCCCCAUCAAGAGGUGCACCACCAAACCUCUGAGCAUUGUGGAAACGGAAGGGCCUGCUCCGGUUUAUGUGGCCGAUGUGCUUAUCAAUCGGCGGAUGGUGUCCGAUAGUCCGUCUCAUUUGAGUUACGGUUCCGAUACUACGAUGGACAUUGUUAUGAACGAUGCCGGCCGCAGUGUGACGGCGUAAAGUGAUGAGUGAUGAGUUUCGUCCUGACCCUGACCACUGCAGAAACGCUUGCUCGGGGGGUUUUCCAGUUUGCUCAUGGUUACUCUCUUCAUUAUUUUGUUGUCGCGUUUCUGAUAACAGUUUAGUUUUGUCGAAAUUUUGUUCGUUUGUUCUUUUUUUUAAUGUGUAGUCUGAUCGCUUUUUUUCUAGUUUAAUUCUAACAUUUUAAUUUAAAUGUACUAUAUUUACCUUGUUUAUAACAUAUAACGCUUCAAUGAGAGUUUAUAUUGUACAUCACCAAAAAAAAACUGGAUUCUUGUAUUCAAAGAAACAAAAUUAGCUGUGACGUAGUCGAUUAUGUUUACAUGAAGAAAAACUAGCUAAUAAGCAACAGAACGGUAUUAGAGAAUUACGGCUGUAGAGUGACAGAGAUAUUCGACGUUUAUUGGGCAAGUUAUCUAUUGUUUGAACCUUUUCAGCGAAGGGCCUCCGAUUUAAUAAGAUUAAUACAUGGAAACAAAAAAGGUAACCGACAGUUCUUAUGUUUGGUAGCAGCGCUAGCAGUGCCCAAUGAACCUUCUAAUAAAAAAAUCUACACACAGAGUGAAAAACAACAUAGCUUGUUGAAUGCACAUAACAAUCUAAACAAUUAGAGAAAAAAAACCUCUGUCAUACUCAUCUGGUUAAAACAGGAGCGCACUGGUAAAAUACUUUACACAUUCUAUAUAAUUGUAUUCAAUUGAAUUGAGACUGUGAGUGUUACUAAAGAGUACUAAUGCAGUAAAAACAAUAAAAAAAAAAUACCUUGGCUAUGCA